ACACAGUAAAAAUAGAAAGUACUCUGUGACAAUAAAGCAGCGGCUUAUAGCAAUAUUUCUUUUAUUUUGCUUGCGCUUUUCUGCAAAUGCGUUUUCAAUAUACAUACACAAACAUAAUAUAUACAAAGAGAACAAGUCAUUGAUCAAAUGGGUUACGGUUCCAGCUUCAAUGGCACUAUUGACGAAAUACCAGGAAUAUCAGUCGAUAAUUUUGAGAAACUUGAUAAAAGUGCAUAUUUUUUGAGCCACAUACAUUCGGACCACACGGUCGGACUUUUAAAUACAGUGAAAUACGGUGAUAAUGGCAAUGCUACCUUCGCAGAAUAUUUGUCCAAAAACGACGUCUAUGUUUACAUGUCUGAAGUUACCGCCAUAAUAUUUGAAUAUGAAUUCGGUGAUUUGGCUGCCUUCGUAAAGCCUUUGGGAAUGGGGAAACAUCAAGUGAUUUCCUUACCCGCAACUGAGAAUUAUGAAGAAACUCACAUGGAUGUGACGCUGAUACCCGCAGGACACUGCUUGGGCUCCUCCAUGAUACUUUUCCAAAACAACAGAAAGACUGUUCUAUAUACGGGGGAUUUUAGAUAUACACAACAUGACGUGAAGAAAAUUAGAGAUCUUCACAACCCAAACGACCGUACGGAACCAAUACACAUUGAUACCAUGUAUGUUGACACAACAUUCAUAACAUUAGACAAAACAGACCUGCCUAAAAGAUCCGAUAGCAUCAAUUAUUUGCUAAGAGAAGUUAAUAGCUGGUUGAAUAAAGGCGACGAAUAUAAAGUAGCUUUGGACACACCAGCUAAAUAUGGAUACGAAUGUGUUUUCAAUGAAAUAUACGACAAAUUGGGAAGGAAAGUUUAUGUUACUGAUGCAAAAUGGCGUCUGUACAGCAAAAUGUUCGCCUACAUUCCCGGCGUCACCAAUGACAAAAAUCUAACAGAUAUCCACAAUUGCUCUUUUUAUUCGAAAAAUCAUAGCAAAUGUGAAAUUCCGAACGUCAACAAAUAUAAGUUUUUGCACAUACGUUUGUCCGCUAUGAAGUGGGUCGAUUACAAUAUCGAAUUUAUACCGAUAGAUAAACAAACAGAAAACAAUUUAAGCGUGUGUUUUUCGACACAUUGUAGUAGGAGUGAAUUGGUGUAUUUCGUAAACCAUUUCUCACCAAAAAAUGUUGUGGGUUUCCCGAAUGAGUUUAAAUUUUGUAAACAGCCGAAAAAAAAUGUCGAUGUAGUUUUGUCGCCUGUAAAAAGGAGGAAAAUGAAAUGAAACGUGGAUUUCAAGUUCUUUUUUGUUUUAAUGCACUUGAUAAUGUUUAAAUUUUAUUAAAUGUUUUUACUUGAAAACGGAGAGCUACCUUCAAAAUUCAAAAUUCUUUAUUCAAUUUAGGAUGAUAUACAUCACUUAUUGACGUCAAAAAAUACUAUACUAAAGUCUACUGCCGACUUCCAAAGCGCAGGUGAAGAAGAAGCGGUGCAACAACCUUCACCGCAGCCUUUUCUCCAAGGACGUCAAUUAACAAAUAUAGGUCUUAUACAUAUAUUAAAAUUAGGAGGACGGAUUUACAUCAUUAUUAUUAUUAUAUUUCAUCAUUAUUAUUAAUAUAUUUCAUCAUUAUUAUUAAUAUAUUUCAUCAUUUCAUAAUAAAAAUAUUUCAUCCUAAGUUGAAAAAAUAAUUUUGAAUUUGAAAAAGUGCGCCACGAAAGUCAAACAGAUGACGCUACUGUCGCGUAACUUCUUUCCCGGGCGGACUCAAUGCAAAGCGUAUAUACUUUUCGUAGCGUAUUGCAGCCGACCAAUGGUUUUGUUUAAUUUCUUCACUUCACAAUGCCGCACUGUGAUUGGUCGGCGCUAAGCGCUAUAUUUUUGUAUUCUUUUUAAUGUUUUUUUUUUAUUUUGUAAGAAAUACUAUUAAGUUUCAUCUUGAAAUACAUUUUGUAAUGUUUAGUUUAUGAAUAAAUUUACAUUUUAUCAUAUUCAUAAGAUUUAUUGUUAUUGAAUGGAUUGUGAUAAUGGAAAUAAAUUUUUAUGCCUUUU